UACAUAGAUAAACAUAAAUUUAUAAUAAACUUUCUAACAUUUAAACAAAAUAGAUACUCCCGUAAAGAUGAUAGUCAACACUGGAGGGACCGCAACAUAAAUGAGGCAAAAGUGCCCUGGUUACAAGUGUUUAGUAUACUAUGGAGAAAGGAACCUCCCGAGGUAUUAAUGCUGGAAAGUGCCCAUAAAUACGGCAAACUAUAUGGCAUUAAAUCGUUUGGAAAGACUAACAUAGUAUGCGCUAAACCCGAUAUCAUUAGCUUAGUGCUCAGCAAAGAAUUCACUAGUUUUACAAAUAGGAGGAAUAUAAAGUUAGACAGCGAUGCCAUGAUGAGUAAUAUGCUUUCGGUGGUGUUGGAUGACCAGUGGAAACGGUUGAGAGCGAUAGUAUCGCCCACUUUCUCAACGGGAAAGUUACGCAAAAUGCGGCCAUUGAUUGACGACUGUUUGAAUACAUUGUUACGCAAAAUGCGGCCAUUGAUUGACGACUGUUUGAAUACAUUGGUAAACAAUUUGGACCGACUUUCAAGCGAUGAGUCAAAUGCUGAACGCGUGGUCGAUAUGAAGCGGGUGUUCGGCGCCUACACUAUGGAAGUCAUAAUACAAGUGGCUUUUGGCACUAAAGUGGACGCACUUAUCGACGAAAGUAAUGCCAUUAUAGUUAACGCCAAGAAACUAAUGUCCAGAGACUUCCGGUUAUGGGAGUUGCCGAAGAUUUUGGUUAUAAUAUUGUUACCAAAAGUUGCUAAACUAUUUGGCCUGACUUUGUUGCCCCGGGAUAUCACACAGUUUUUCACUGACAUCUGCACCAAAAUUAUCGCUGAGCGCAGGGCUAGUAAGGGGUCCGGGAAUAAGAGAUACGACUUUUUGCAGCUCAUGUUGGAUGCAAACGACAAGAAUAAUGAGACCGAAAAUAAUACUGAAUUGAAUUCAGACACAACUGGCCAAAUGUCUGAAUUAAAUACUGAUGAACAUCCCGGCGCUAUACAGACACAUAAUAAAGGUAUGUCCGACGCGGAAAUGAUAUCCCAAUGCGUGCUGUUUUUUGUGGCCGGAUAUGAGACCACAGCCACGACCAUAUCAUACGCCACAUACCUACUGGCCAAAAAUACCACAUCACAGGAAAGGCUGUUUGAAGAAUCAAAAAGGAUUUUCGAGUCAAAAUCAGACAUCGAUUACGAUGCUAUCGAAAGGCUUGAGUAUCUGAACGGUGUAGUGAUGGAGACCUUACGCCUAUACCCACCGGGACUGGCACUGGAAAGGGAGGCGUCGACUGAUACAGUACUGACCGGUGAUGAGGAGACCAUCAAACUAUUCAAAGGAGAUAUAUUUCAAGUACCCAUUUAUGUGCUGCAUAUGGAUCGCCAGUAUUUCGACGAUCCCUAUGCCUUCAAACCGGAAAGAUUUUUGCCACCGAAUAUAGCACACCAUCCCUACGCGCACCUACCGUUUGGUGCCGGCCCUCGCAAUUGUGUGGCUAAACGACUGGCCCUAAUGGAGGCAAAGUUGGCUCUACUAUACUCUGUCUAUAACUUUAAGUUUGAAAUCUACGAUAAAACUGCACAACCACCGGAAAGGUACUAUCGUAGAGAUGACAGUAAACACUGGGAGGACAGGAAUGUGAGGGGAAUGGAUGUUAAAAUGGCAUCUUUUUGGACAUUAAUAUGGAAGAAACAAACGUCAGAAGUGUUACUACAGGCCAUGGCAGACAAAUACGGCAAUUUAUAUGGCAUUAGACAGUUUGGGAAGACUAUUAUUAUGUGUAGUAAACCCGAUAUGAUUAGUUUGGUGCUCAGCAAAGAAUUUACUAGUUUUACGAAUAGGAGGAAUAUGAAUUUAGACAGCGACCCGUUGUUUAGUAAUAUGCUUUCGGCGGUGAUGGAUGACCAGUGGAAACGGUUGCGAGCGAUAGUAUCGCCCACUUUCUCGACCGGAAAGUUACGCAAAAUGCGGCCAUUGAUUGACGACUGUUUGCAAACAAUGAUCAAUAAUUUGAAUAAACUAUCAAAUGAUGAGUCAAAUGGUGGGCAUGUGGUCGAUAUGAAGCGAGUGUUCGGCGCCUACACUAUGGAAGUCAUAAUACAAGUGGCUUUUGGCACUAAAGUGGACGCACUUAUCGACGAAAGUAAUGCCAUUAUAGUGAACGCCAAGAAAUUAAUGUCCAGAGACUUCCGGUUAUUGGAUUUGCCCAAGUUCUUCUUAAUAUUAAUGUUACCAAAAGUUGCUAAACUAUUUGGCCUGACUUUAUUGCCCCGGGAUGUAACCGACUUCUUCACUGACAUUUGUGGUAAAAUUAUCGCUGAACGCAGAGCUAGUAAGGGGUCCGGGAAUAAGAGAUACGACUUUUUGCAGCUCAUGUUGGAUGCAAACGAUAAAACUAAAGAGACCGAAGAUAAUAGUGACUUGAAUCCAGACACAAACGCUGAUAAAUCUGAAUUAACUACUGAUGAACAUCCCGGCGCUUUACAGACACAUAAUAAAAGUAUGUCCGACGCGGAGAUGAUAUCCCAAUGUGUUCUGUUUUUUAUGGCCGGGUAUGAGACCACAGCCACCACCAUAUCAUACGCCACAUACCUAUUGGCAGAAAACCCGGAAUCACAGGAAAGACUGUUUGAAGAGUCAAAAAAUAUUUUUAAUACAAAAUCGGACAUCGAUUACGACGCUAUCGAAAGGCUUGAGUACCUAAAUGGCGUAAUAAUGGAGACCUUGCGUCUAUAUCCUCCAGCGGUGGCAGUGGAAAGGGAGGCCUCCGAAGACAUAGUACUGACCAGUGAUGAGGACCGCAUCAAUGUAUUCAAAGGAGACCUCUUUCAAGUGCCCAUUACUGUCCUACAUAUGGAUAGACAGCAUUUCGAUGAUCCCUAUGCCUUCAAACCGCAGCGGUUUAUGGCAUCAAAUAUAGCACACCAUCCCUACGCGCACCUACCGUUUGGUGCGGGCCCUCGCAAUUGUAUUAUGUACACAAUUAUAUCUACAUUUUUAGUAGGAAAUCGAAAGCUUAAUUCAAAAUAA